AGUCAGUCGCUCGGAUUGGUCGGUAAGCGCGCGAUCAAUUACGCAUUGCAAAGCGCCAAAGCGCCGCUGAGAAUAGAAUACCAAAACAACAGCUUAAAACACGAAAUAAAAAAUAAAAAACAAAAUAUAAUAAAAACAACAACACAGAAUAAGUAAAAUAAAACAAAAUAGAACAUCUAUUAAAACGAAUCCCAACGAAUUUAUUUGAAACGCGUGCCGUUCGCAUGCGGAGGCAGGUCGCACAUUUCAUAUGCUACACAUAUGUACAAAGAGUAAUAUACCUAUAGAAGCAUACACACACACAUGAACUUGCAGAGAACGGUACACGGGGAUCGUACGAACAGCUGCUAAACUGCUACAGAUAAUCAGAUACAGAUACAUAUACUAGAAGUAUUUAUAAGCGCGUUCGCUCUCCUCGUCUUGCGUUCGGCUCGGUUUCUAAAUUGAGGCGUUUUUUACAGUUAACUUUCGCUUUUUUUUGUGCUGUGCUGCGGUUCACGUUUGCUUUCGCUUUCUCGCAUAAGAAAUUCUUUGCACUGCCCACGACUAGGCGGCCAGAAAUAGAUCAAAAAAUAGAAAACCAAAAAGCAAAUACGACUACAAGAACUAGAGGCGCGACCGGGUUCUAAUUUGAACGAAAAAAAAAAACUGAAAUACUCAACAAAUUGAAAGCUGCAACAGACGCCACAACAGCCAAACAUAACACAACAGCAACGACAACAACAACAACAACAUCAAAAGCUGCAAGAUGCCCACACCGCAUACCAGAUCCCAGGAUGAACUAUCGACUGUCAAUGCUCUCGUGUCCAAAAAUCCGGACACGGAUAAGGAUAAUGAAGAGGAGGAGGAGGAGAUAGAUACGGCGGCGGUCGUUGUGCCACCGGACAGCGGCUGGGCGUGGGUGGUCAUGGUUGCCUCGUUCCUCUGCUGCACAGUGAUCGACGGCAUCGUCUUCUGCUCGGCCAUCAUCCAGGAGGAGCUGAUGAAGGAGUUCCAUGUCAGCAAGUUUUAUGUGACCUUCGUCUCGUCGCUGCUCAGCGGCUGCUACCUGAUGGCCGGACCCUUUGUCAGUGCCUUGGCCAAUCGCUUUGGCUUCCGUCCGGUGACCAUUGCCGGCGCCAUCUUCGGCGCGAUCUGCUUCGGCCUCUCGUACUUCGCCACCAGCGUGGAGUUCCUGUUUGUGGUCUACGGCAUCUUGGGUGGCAUUGGCUUCUGCAUGGUCUACAUACCGGCCGUGGUCAUCAUUGGCUUUUACUUUGAGAAGUGGCGCGCCCUGGCCACAGGUGUGGCGCUCUGCGGCUCCGGUGUGGGCACCUUCGUCUUUGCUCCCCUCACGGAUCUGUUGCUGGAGAAGACCGGCUGGCGCAUGACGCUGGCUAUCCAAGGCGUCAUGAUCUUGUCUUGCGCAAUCUUCGGCCUCGCCUUCCGUCCCAUUCAGCCCAUAACACUGGGCGUCACCGAGGACGGCACCGUCGUCGAUGAGGAGAAGACCAAGCUGAAUGGCCAUGGCAGCACGGUGGCUCCCACCCCGCAGCUGCAUCAAGCGGCGUUUACCAAGCCGCUGCCCGAGGGUCGCUUCGCCUACUCCAUGCCCAACUCGGCACAUAAUACCUACAUGGGUGCCUCGCAGCGUCAUCAUUAUCCAACGGCUGCAGAGAUCUUCAAGGGCAUGAAUCUGGAACGUCGUCCGUCCGGCCAGGGCAGCAAGGGCACGGAGCUGAAGCAGUUGCGCAAGUCGCAGCCAACCACGCCCAACGGCGAUCCACAGCAGCUGACUUUCAAUCUGCACAAGGAACUCACCACAGUCGGCGAGAACGAGGAGGAGGCUGAGAACGACAAUCUGUUGGAGACCGAGGCCAAGCCCGUCAGCAUUCAGGCACGCAGACACACCGUUUCCGGGCGUCGUCCACAGGAUUUGGCCAAACGCGCCGCUGGCGGCCAUCACGAUCAGAACGGCCAUCAUCAUGGCCAGUCGCAGUCCUCGUCCCGUCCCAUGUACAGAGAUGAUAUCUUCUUCACCGGCUCGCUGACCCGCAUCCCGCAGUAUCAGUCGCAGACCUCGUUGGCCUACCACAUGUCCGUCACGCGUCUGCCCACCAAGCAGGACAUGCUGGAGGACAGACAGAAGGGCUGCCGCAUCUGCCCGGAGGCAGUGCGUCGCACACUCUCCACGAUGUUGGACACCAGCCUGCUCAAGUCGCCCGCAUUCAUGUGCCUGGCCUUCAGCGGUUUCCUGACUAUGAUGGGCUUCUUUGUGCCCUUCUCCUUCCUGACGGAUCGCGCCGUUGACGCUGGCAUGGCCAAGGAGUCGGCCGUUUCCGUUAUCUCCGGCAUCGGCAUGAUCAACACCUUCGCUAGGAUCGUUUGCGGCUCGAUGAGCUCCUUCCCCAGCGUCAAGCCGCUCUGGCUCAACAAUGUGGCUCUCACUGCCGGCGGCUUGGCCACCAUCUUCAGCGGAGUGGUCAUCAAUGCUACCACACAAUGGGCCUUCGCCGUGCUCUUCGGUAUCUGCAUCGCCUGCUUCUCGGCGCUGCGAUCGCUGAUCGCCGUCGAGCUGAUUGGCCUGGAGAAACUAACGAAUGCCUUUGGAUUCCUGAUGCUGUUCCAGGGUUUGGCUGCCACCAUAGGCAGUCCCAUAGCAGGUGCCUUGUAUGCAGCUACAGAGAGCUACAAUGUGGCCUUCUACUUUGCUGGUGGACUAAUCCUGCUAUCUGCCUUCCUCUGCUAUCCGCUGUCCUGGAUAUCCAGCUGGGAGCAGAAGCGCAAUGCCAAGAACGAGUCACUAUCUCCAGCAGCCUAGAGAGACAGAGACAAUGGAAUGCCCAAACAUUAAUUGUCUAUUGAUAGCGCCCCAUUUGUACCAUUAAGUGGUUAGUUUAACACUAAUUGCCAAUCACUCGAUGUUGUUGAAGAUAUUGAAAGCAGCGACAGCAACAGUAACUGAAAAAGCA